UUUGUAUGUGUUUCUGUGUGUGUUUCGUCCACUGCUGUACCUGCCUUCUAGCUGGAGUGUGUCUGUGUGUGUAGUCCACUGCUGUAUCUGCCUGCUAGCUGGAGUGUGUCUGUGUGUGUAGUCCACUGCUGUAUCUGCCUGCUAGCUGGAGUGUGUCUGUGUGUUUCAUACACAUGUUGGACUAUGCCCUUGGACUUUACCUUUGGACUACCUGAGUUAGUUUACCUGGCUUUCAGCUGUUGCCAGGUUUUUCACAAGUACCGCCUCUGACCUGCUGGAGUUCACCUGUCUCUGGGUGUUGACCUGUGUAUAUCUGACUGACUGGGAGUUACUACCUCUGUUGGAAUUCACCUGUUAGAGGGAGCUCAGCUGGUACCAACAUGUGCCUCUCUGCUACUGGAGUUUAUUUGUGUGAAGGAGGUUUACCUGUGUGAAGGAGUUUACCUGUGUGAAGGAGUUUACCUGUGUGAAGGAGGUUUACCUGUGUGAAGGAGUUUACCUGUGUGAAGGAGUUUACCUGUGUGAAGGAGUUUAUCUGUGUGAAGGAGUUUACCUGUGUAAAGGAGGUUUACCUGUGUGAAGGAGGUUUACCUGUGUGAAGGAGGUUUACCUGUGUGAAGGAGUUUACCUGUGUGAAGGAGGUUUACCUGUGUGAAGGAGUUUAUUUCCUGUGUGAAGGAGGUUUACCUGUCUGACUGGAACACCUGUUGGAAUUCUGACCAACUAAUUAUUUGGAGCUUCUCUCUCCUGCUGGGGUUCACAUACCUGAGAGUAGAGGCCUGCAUCCUCCAGCUGUGUGUGUGUGUGUCAGGAUGAUGGAAGAAGUGUCUAUCAGGGUGGCAUAUGACUCCCACAUCAUAGACCAGAUGGCGGAGGAGGAGAUACUGGCCUGCCUGAUGGCCGAGUCUAUACCCAAACACACGGUUCCCAGUAAGAAGGCCACGCUGAGAGAGAACCAGCCACAACAACAGGAUGACCACGUAGACAGAUACCAGAGGGAGAACCGUCAGCUGCAGCAGGCCAGUCUGCGUCUGGAGCAGGAGAAUGAUGUUCUGGCCCACAGACUGAUCACCAGCAAGAUCUCCCUGAGGACCGACCUGGACCAGGCGGAGGACAGAGUGGAUGAGCUGACCAAAGAGCUGCUGAAGACCAGAAAGAAAUUGAAGAAUGCAGAGGAAGAGAAGAGAGGGAAGGAGGAGGAGGCUGCUCAGUUGAAGGAGGUGUUAAGGACAAAGCUGGACAAGGCUGAUCCAGAGGUGAAGAGGAGCUCAGGCAUCAUCUCAGACUACAAACAGAUCUGUUCCCAGCUGACCAGUCGGGUGGAGAGGCAGCAGGCGGCCCACAGAGAGAACCUGGACAAACUCAGGAAUGCUGUGAUGGCGUGUUCUCGCUGCCGACAGGCUCUAGAUUCUCCAAUCAUGGAAGGCUCCGGUUCCACAGCCCCGUACCAGAGAAGAAUCAGCACCAGAGAACCAGGCCAGCAGAGGGACCAGGAAACAGAACUAGACCAGCAGACGACUGGUACCAGGGAACAAGACCAGGAGAAGGUGUGUCUGAGUGGCCAGGUCACAGAGCUGGAGAAGGAGCUGGCCCAGACUAAACUACAGAUGGUGGAGGCCAAGUGCAAGAUCCAGGAGCUGGAACACCAGAAGGGGGUGCUGCAACGUGAUCUCCAGACAGCUAGGAACAGCUGGCUCACUAAGAAUAUACGGUCAGCCGGAGGGGGUCUGCAGAGCAGCAGCCUACCCAGGGGGAGAGCCUCUGCAAUGGGGCGUUCUCUACAUGGCCUCCCCCUCUCAGCCUGGAGCUCCAGGAGACUGUCAUGGGCCCCCAGGAAGGACCGGGGGGGAGAUGUCUGACAUGGAAGGGAGGGGGAGAGACAGCAAGACGAGGACAUACUGAGAGUAUAGAUAAUAUGUAUUGGAAUGAUUAUACAUGUGUCUUGGUGAUUGUUUGUUUCUGCAUUCUAGUGCCUAUUUUGGUUUUAUUUGUUAUUGUCAAAAACAGAUUUGGAUACAGGAGUUUUAUGUAUGUUUUAUGUAUUACUUUGGCUCUUAAACUCUUAAAACAAAACUCCAAACUGGUAACACUUGUAUGGCGCCCAGUCCUUCAUUCAAAACGUUUCAUUGUGCAUUCAUUUUUUUAUUUGAUUUGUUACAUACAGCACAUCUCUGAUCUUGUCAAUAUCGAGAUUUACAUAUUUUUUUACAGUGAAGUAAAUCAAUAAUCACCAUCAUUGUAGUACAUUCAAGUAUAUAUCCAUACUUUUUCUGUUUCUACUUUACAGACAUUUUCAUUAAGUCGUUCUCAGAAUCUGUAACAGACAAACCAGUUGACAUGUAAAGUCAGCCAGGUCACCUAGGAUACAAGUCAGUAUUCGACGUCCAUUCAUAUCUGAGGACGUCCAGAGGUGAUGUGGAAAUCGGCCACUAGGAGGAACGGUGAGCGCUGUUACCUAGUUUUUGAGAUAAUUGUUUUCAGCCUAUCCCAAACCUUAACCCUUACAUGAACCAUUCAGAGUUAAUGCCUAACUUUAAGAUUUCGGAA